ACAAAGAGAAAGAAAUAAAGAAAGAGUCAUGCAUCUUUUCUGAUACAACAACAACACAGAGAGAAUCCUCUAGCUUUAGACCUAACCCCACCAUUUCGUUUCACUACCCCAUUUUCUCAUCACCACCCAAUCAAAUAUGUGAACUUUCUUCUACUGGUUUUUCUGGUAUUUUGAUAGGAAAAGAAGAAAAUAACAAUGGCUGUUCAGGCCCACUUAAAUUCUGGGAAUUAUCUGGGUUUGCCCACCAAUAUGUGUUCUCUCCAAGAUUUGACUUUCAAUCCUGUUCUUGGUAUUGACGACGAUACCCAUCUCUUUGGCCAUCAACAGGCUCAGCUUCAUCUCAAUAAUAAUGGGGUUUAUUCCUCCUCUUCUUCUGAUAGUCUUCUCCGAACGGCUUUUCCUCUAGACGCGCAAAUGGAGUUGCAGAGGCAAGAACUCGAAUGCAUUCUUCAGUUACAGAAUGAGAAGUUGAGAUUUGCCUUGCACGAGCAAAGAAAGCAACAGCUUUUGGCUCUGAUGAGCAGUUUGGAGUCGAAAACGCUGAGUCUGAUAAGGCAAAAGGAAGCGGAUUUGGCCGAAGCGAGAAAGAAAGGAAUGGAGCUCCAAGUCCGACUGAGGAAAGUGGAAAUCGAAAGCCAAACAUGGCAGAGAGUAGCGAAAGCAAACGAGGCCAUGAUAAUGGACCUUAACAAUACGCUUCAAGAAGUUAGAGAGAGACAAGUUUGGGUCGGUAAUCGAGCCGAAGACGCAGAGUCGUCUUGUGAAGAAUUAGGAGGAAAGGUGACGAGCCCAGAAACGUCAAUGGUUUGCAGAAGCUGUAAAGCUCAGAAUUCAUGCGUUCUUUUCCUUCCUUGCAGACACCUCUGUUCGUGCAAAUCCUGUGAAGCUUUUCUUGGUUCUUGUCCCGUUUGUGAGUCCACAAAGGAGGCAAGUAUGGAGGUCUUUUUGGUCUAA